CGUGCGCCGUGCUCCGCGCGGGGGCCGCUGGGAGCGCGAGGAUGGUGGCCGGCGCCUUCCCGAUUGCCAAGCUGCUCUACCUGGGCGUUCGGCAGCUCUCCAAGCCCCUGGCCGCGCGCAUCAAGGACGGGGCCCGCGCGAGCCCCUUCUUCCGCCAGUACAUCUGCGGGCCCCCCGCGCAACUGUACCACUGGGUGGAGAUGAGAGCCAAGAUGCGUAUCAUGGGCUUCCGGGGCGCCGCCAUCAAGCCGCUGAACGAGGAGGCGGCUGCCGAACUGGGGGCGGAACUGCUGGGCGAAGCCAUCGUCUUUGGGGUGGGGGGGCUGUGCAUCUUCCUGGAGUACUCCCGCCAAGCCACCAACAGCAGGAAGAAGGAGGACGAGCUGAGCAGCACCCUUGAGAGCCUGCAGGAGCAGGUGGCCGAGCUGAACUUGACUGUGGAGACACUGGACGCCCGGCUGCGGGAGGUCAACCGGGUCCUCGUGGAGGUCUCUGCCUCCCCCAAGAAAUAACGGUGCUCUCUUGGGGAUGGCGGGCAGAGAGAGAGAGAGAGGCGGCUUCCUAAAACUGCGCUCGACUGCCGGCUGCACUGUGAGGUUCCCCCUUACUGGAUGGCGAAGGGAGCCGUGGGGAUCCUAGCGUACGCAGCAGGAUUCGGGGUGCAAAAGCCCCGCGUCCCAACGUACCCUGUGGUGCUGAGUUUCUUGGCCUUCUCCCAGCGUGUAAAUACUGAAUCUAUUAAAAACAAACAAACCGCAGAGAAAAAGCUCUCUCCUUAGCCUCGCUGAUCGUGGGGAGAAGCUGCAAAGGCAGCGGGUGGGUGUUGGGACUCCUGCAUGGCAGGGGGUUGGACUAGAUGACCGCUGGGGGUACCCUCCAACUACAGUUGGCCAUCAGUCAGGGGUUCUUUAGCCCUGGUUAACUCUGUGUUAUAUUGGGUGGUGUGUUCAUGGUGGUAACCCUGACCUGUAGAGGGCAAAGCCUCCCGUUUUCUGGCAUGUGUUAAUCUAUAGCAUAAACAUUUCCCAUAUUCUGGCAGUGGGGAGAGAGAACCGAUGCCCUGUGGCCAUGGAUUUAAAAACACUGCCAGGGCAUGUCCUGCUUUUCAGCACUGAGAUGGUGCAGCGAUCUUCUUUUCCGCCAUUUACGGAGCUGGGGUUUUGGGGAGGUGGUCUGGGAGCUGCUUUCAGGUUCCUCCAAGUUUCAGUCCCCAAGUACAGUGGUUUGGGGAAUUCCACUAACAUGUAGGAAUCAAGCAGAGCAAAUCCAUCCACGGUCUUUGAGAGAGGACAGGGUGUUUGGGGAGAGGGUGGCACAGUUUUGGCCUCCAACCGAGGCCCUCUCAACGUGCCCUAAAACAGCUUUUCCCCAGCCUGGCAUUCUCUGCUGCCUUUUGGGUUACGACUCCCAGCAACCUCUUCCUGACCCUCCCAAGAAGGGGUGAAAACUUUCAGCACCCAAUCCCAAAGGUGAUCA